UCAUUUUAUUAAAAAUGAUGCACAAGAAACACCGAUUUCUAAUGGAUUAUUAAGAAAUAAUAUAAAAGAAUUUUUUGAAGAUUUUCUUAUAUUUAAUUAUUCAAAUGCAAAUAGAAAAAUUCCUGAAAUAACUAUUUUAGAAAAUAAUGAAAUUAUAUCCGAUUCAAUAUGGGAAUAUAAAUCAAUUUAUUCUGAUCAAUGGAUUUUAUUUGAUGCUUCUCAAUCAAAUCAAUUGCAACAAUCUUUUUAUUUUCAACAAAAUAAUUUGUUUAAAAAAGAUUUUAUUAUGAAUAUAAAUAAUAAUUUAUAUAAUAUAUCAUUGCUUCAAUUUUUAUGUUCGCAAAUAUCAAAUCUAUCAAAUGUCAAACAUUUAUGGAUUAGAUGUCGAGGUUCGUCUAUUGAAAAUUUUAAUUUUUAUUCAAAAUGGCAAAUUAUGUUUGAAAAACUUUCAUCAAUUAAAUCAAGUAAAUCAGUUUCAUUAGAAGUUUUUUAUAUAAAUAACAAUUCAAAUGAUCAUAUUCAAAUUAAAUUAAAUCAUUGGUUGUAUCUUAAUGAUGAUAUUAAUCAACAAAUAGACAAUGCUGUUAAUUAUAGAAAAAAAUAUUUAUAUAUUUAUCUUCCUUUUAUUAAUAAUCAUUUAUUUAAAUUUAAUUUAAAAACAUUUUCAUUUGCAAACAAUGAUAACACAAUAACAGGUUUUAUACGAUGGAUACCGACAUUUAUAUCAAACGAUAAUCAAACUAUUAUUGAUAAUUUUCAACCAUUAACUAAUACAAAUAUAUUACCUUUUUUUCGAACAUAUUCAAAUAAUCAUCAUAUUCAUCAAUCAACUACAAUUAUUACAAAUAAAUACUCAGUAAGUUAUAUAUCAUACAUAUUAACAUAG